UAUUAUAAUCAUCUCUUCUCUUACACGCAUUAUUCUUCAUUUCCAUUUUCUUCUGUGAUUUGAUUUCACAUUUGAUCUCAUAAUCACAUUCAUUCUUUCACUCACUCUCAUCUUGAUUUGAUCCCAAAAUGGCGACCAUGACGAGCUUGAUCGGUCUCAUCAACAAGAUCCAACGUGCAUGCACUGUCUUAGGUGACCAUGGCGGCGAGGGUUUGUCACUCUGGGAGGCUCUACCUUCCGUCGCCGUCGUUGGAGGACAGAGUUCAGGGAAAUCGUCAGUGUUGGAGAGUGUUGUAGGAAGGGAUUUUCUGCCACGUGGAUCUGGUAUUGUCACACGGAGGCCAUUAGUGUUGCAACUUCACAAGACAGAUGAUGGACAACAGGACUAUGCUGAGUUUCUUCAUGCACCUAGAAAGAGAUUCACUGACUUUGCUUCUGUAAGGCAGGAAAUUUCAGAUGAAACAGAUCGUAUAACUGGGAAGUCAAAGCAAAUUUCAAACAUUCCAAUUCAACUCAGUAUAUACUCUCCAAAUGUUGUGAACUUAACCCUCAUAGAUCUUCCUGGAUUGACAAAGGUUGCUGUAGAGGGACAAUCAGAAACUAUUGUUCAAGAUAUUGAAAACAUGGUUCGAUCGUAUGUUGAGAAGCCCAACUGCAUUAUAUUGGCCAUCUCUCCUGCAAACCAAGAUAUUGCCACUUCAGAUGCAAUAAAAAUUGCAAAAGAAGUUGAUCCUUCAGGUGAAAGAACAUUUGGAGUGUUGACAAAACUUGAUCUUAUGGAUAAAGGAACUAAUGCCGUUGAGGUUCUGGAAGGAAAGCAUUACAGGUUGAUGCAUCCAUGGGUUGGAAUAGUUAACCGCUCACAAGCUGAUAUUAAUAAAAACGUUGACAUGAUUAUUGCUCGCAAGAAGGAGCGUGAAUAUUUUGAGACGAGCCCCGAAUAUGGACAUCUGGCACAUAAAAUGGGUGCAGAAUAUCUUGCCAAGCUUCUAUCUGAGCAUCUCGAGGUUGUCAUUAGGCAGCGGAUUCCCAGUAUCAUUGCCUUAAUAAAUAAAACCAUUGAUGAGCUUAAUGCAGAGUUGGACCGUAUUGGCAGGCCUAUAGCUGUGGAUUCAGGGGCCCAACUAUACACUAUUUUAGAGAUGUGUCGAGCAUUCGACAAAGUAUUUAAGGAACACAUUGAUGGAGGACGGCCAGGUGGGGACAAAAUUUAUGGCGUUUUUGAUCACCAAUUACCGUCUGCUUUGAAAAAGCUCCCCUUUGAUCGUCAUCUAUCCUUAAAAAAUGUCCAGCGAGUCGUUACAGAAGCCGAUGGUUAUCAACCCCAUCUGAUUGCUCCAGAGCAAGGCUACAGAAGACUUAUUGAAGGAUGUUUAAGCUAUUUCAAAGGUCCAGCUGAGGCCUCUGUGGACGCUGUCCAUCUUGUUUUAAAGGAACUUGUUCGGAAGGCAAUUGCAGCAACUGAGGAACUGAAGAGGUUUCCAACACUUAAAUCUGAAAUAGCACAAGCUGCAAAUGAUUCUUUGGAAAGAUUCCGUGAAGAAAGUAAGAAGACAGUGACCCGGCUGGUUGAUAUGGAGUCUAGCUAUCUAACAGCAGAAUUUUUUCGAAAGAUUCAUCUUGAACAAGAUACCACCAACCCAGGACGGAAUAGUUCUACUCCUAAUCCCAAUCUGGACAAUCACACAGAUAAUCACCUCAGGAAAAUUGGAUCAAAUGUUAAUGCCUAUGUCAACAUGAUUUGUGACACACUUAAAAAUUCUAUACCAAAGGCCGUGGUUUAUUGUCAAGUUAGAGAGGCGAAGAGAUCAUUGCUUAACCGCUUUUAUGUUCAAGUUGGGAAAAAAGAGAAAGAGCAACUGGGGGCCGUGUUGGAUGAAGAUCCUGCACUUAUGGAAAAGAGAUCACAGUUAGCUAAAAGGCUUGAAUUGUACAAGCAAGCUAGGGAUGACAUUGAUUCAGUGGCUUGGAAAUAAUACAUUGCAAGAAAUGUCAGUUCAAUAUUUGUCCAUCAACCGUGUAAGCAAGAAUUUUGUCCACCAAUUUUGCCUCUUAUUAUUUUUAUUGAAUUGGAAAAAUAAAAAAUAUAAGGAUUAUGUUAUUGUUUUAUAAUUUUUUAAAACAAUAUAUUCCAUAAAAAAAUUUAAUUUUUUUAAAAAAAUAAAGGUUUUGGAACAAAAUAAAACAACACUAUCUAGUGAUGUUAAUUUACAGACAAUGCUAUAGAUAAGAAAACAAACUUGAUUGGAUGAAUUUAUGAGUUUAAUUUAUAUACACGAAUGGUGUAAAAAGCAUGAAUCCAAUAAUGUGUUUCCAGACCAUUUAAUGAUUUAAAAACACAUGAUUUGUUAUAUUCAUCGAAUGAUAUGACAAUACAUAAUUGAAUGCAUAUGUAAAUUGUUUCUACACCAAUAGUCUAUAUAAAUUAAAUAAUAAAUUUAUUUUGAGAACAAAAUGUAGUAGGCAACAUCAGCAAUAGAAGGCGCCCUGGUGGUGGCCAUGGGUGUUGAGCGAGCAAAAUGGUGAUGGAAGAUUUCGGGUUCUAGUAAGUGAAAGGUACAAGAAGUGACAAAAGUAAUGGAAGGUACAGACCAAGACCAACAACAAUGAAGAGUGCUUACUAGUGGUAAUGGUGAAGUAUAUUUGGGCAUCAAAUGUAUUCAAUGUGCCAUGUUUUUUUUUAUGGCGACCUAGGUAUCCCUCAGUCCAAAGUUAGACACUAAUUUUUUGAUGAAUGAAUAUUCACUUAAGAAAAUAUUUUUCAGCAGGUGUGUUACCAACUGUGCCACACCAUAUUGAUUUUUUGCGUCCAGUUUAGUGCAACUUUCGCGUUGCUAAAUGACAAAGUCCUGACAUAUCAUUGACUAAAUAUAAAGGAAUCUUAACAAUACUUGGGAACCUAAAUAGUAAAUAACAUUUCCAUUGAA